AGAGGCUGCGCGGCGUCCCCCCCCCCGCCCACUUUCACUUUCGUUUCUGGCCUGCCUGGGUCCGAGCCCGGUCCGCCGCGGUGGGGCGGGGGAUGGCGGAGGCGGUGCGGGCGCUGGAGGUGCUGGGCGUCCCCCCGGACGUGGAGGAGGAGCUGCUGGUGCUGUAUUUCGAGAACAGGCGCCGCUCGGGGGGCGGCCCCGUGCUGGACUGCAGGCGCCAGGGCAGCCGCGCCGUCCUGACCUUCGAGAGCCCCGAGGAUGCACAGAGGGUCCUUGCCAAGCCCAGCCACACCCUGCAGGACACUGGGCUGGCAGUUCGCCCAGCUGCCCCACAGGAUUAUGGGAAGGUUCUUCUCCGGGGCCUGAACCCCCAAACCGACGGCAGCGUCCUGGAGCUCUACGUGGAGUAUGUGCUGAACUGCGAGAGCGGCCGCUAUACCAUCCACCGCAGCCCAGCCGGGGACCAAGCCCUGGUGCAGCUGCCAGAGCCGCUCAGUGACUCAGAGCUCCUGGCCGUGGAGGAACGCGUGCGCCGGCGGCUGCUGGACGGGGCGCCGCUGGCCGUGGAGUGGGUGCAGCAGACAGACAGCGUGCUGGUGUGGAGCCGGGGCACCGGGCUGAGCGGGGAUCUGCUGGAGCUCUACUUUGAGAACAAGCGGAGCGGCGGGGGCAGCGUGCAGGCCGUGAGGGUGCUGGCAGGGGGCAGGGCGGCCGUCGUCUCCUUCCAGGACCGGGCAGCUGUGCAGCGGGUGCUGGAGAAGCCCCACAGGCUCCAGGAGAGCGACCUGGACCUCUGCCCCUACUACGACUUCCUGGAGCCCCCCGACCGCCCCCCGGAGGAGGGAGCCGAGGCCCCUCCAGGGGAGGCAGCGGCAGAGGAGGGCGGGCCCCCGGCCAUCUGCGUGAGCGUUGAGGACGCCGUGAAGCGGCAGCUGCUGGAGUCCAGCGGGGCCCUGCCGGAGCUGCAGGCUGUCUUCCCGGAGCUGAAGCUGCGGCUGGAGGAGAGCGGGGCCUGGAUCUCGGGCGGGGAUGAAGCCCGGCGGCAGCAGCUGCAGGAGCGGCUCCUGGGCACCCUGCAGGGGAUGGGCCAGGAGCUCCUGCCGCUCCCGGCCCAGACCCUCUGCUUCCUGCAGCGCGGCGACGUGCGGGAGGAGGUGGAGCAGCUGCUGGGCAGCCAGGGCUUGCCGGCCUGCUGCGCGCCCAGCGGGAGCGCGCUGAGCGUCACGGCGCUGAGCCCUGCGGCCGCCCGCCAGGCCGCCUCCUCGCUGAGCGCGGCCCUGAGCCCCUUCUGCCUGGCCGUGUCGGCACAGCACCUGCACGCCCUGGCCUCGCCCCGCUGGGAGCAGCUCCAGGCCUCGCUGCACUGCUGCUCCGUGCGCCUGGCCCCGGGCGGCGAGCACCUGCAGGCCCUGACGCUGCGCGGCCUGGAGCAGGAGAACAGGGAGAAGCUGCAGGGCUUCCUGCAGGACGCCGCGCUGGGCGAGAGCCUGGUGCCCAUGGAGCCGGGGAUGCUACGCUACCUGCAGCUGCACUACCAGGAGCUGCUGGCCGGCAUCGCCGAGGUCACACUCCUGCCGCUGGAGGGCACCGACGUCGCCGGCUUCAGGCUGAGCGGGGAGGCGGGCGCGUGCCGGGCAGCGGCAGAGUUCCUGCAGAGCCUGCUGGGCACCAUCAGCUCCCAGCCGGUGACCCUGCGGCACCCCGGCAUCGCUCGCUUCCUGCUGGACGAGCGAGGCCAGAGCAUCCUCCGGGAGCUGGAGAGCCGCUUCCAGUGCGUGAUUGGGCUGGAGCAGGUCCACUGGAGCCCCCCGUAUACACAGCAGGACCUGGAGCUGCCCGAGGAGCCCGUUCCUCUGAGCUGCCGCCGAGACUCCCUGCCCACCGCCCAGCUGCUCACACGGCUGGAGCCGCCCGACGGCGCCUCCACUGACUGGUGCAGCACCAACCUAGAGGAGAUCAAGGGCCUGCUGGCCGCCCUGGAGCCCGGAGAAGCGGCGGAGGCUCCUCAGCUGGCCGCCCCCACUGCCGGGGAGGCCCCGGGCUCGGCAGCGAGCAGCCCCGAGGAGGAUCUGUACACCGUGGGGGAGCCUGGCGCUGCUGAGGGGCAGGAGGAGGCGGGGCGUGGCGGGGAGCGGAGGGCUCUGGCAGACGGCGGCGAGGAGGAGGAGGAGCCGUGCUGCGGCCCCGAGGCCGCCGUCCAGUCGGAGCGCAGCGUGGAGGAGGCGGCGCAGCUGCUGCUGGCCAUCCAGCAGUCCAUGGACAGCCAGCGCUGGGAGGAGGAGCAGCUGCAGCGCGCCACGGAGCUGUCCCUGCGCUCCUACGAGCGGGAGCAGCACCAGGCCUCGGCGGAGCCCGCGCCUGACCGCGGCCUGCAGGCCGCCCUGCAGGAGUCCCUGGAGGAGGCGCUGUGCGUGGCCGGCUCCGCUCGGCUCACCAUCUACGCGGCCUACGAGCGGGACGUGAGCGCGCUGCCGGGGCAGCUGGAGCAGGCGCUGCGGGCGCAGCGGGGCCAGGAGACGGUGGUGAGCGAGGGCCUGCGGGCCCUGCCCUCGCGCUGCCGCGGGUCCCUGGCCCAGCUGCAGCGCCAGCAUGCCGUGCGCAUCUCCCUGCAGGACGCCACGGCCACCGUGCACGGCUUUGCCGACUACACGGCCCGCGCCGCCCGCGACCUCGCCCGGCUCCUCCCCCGCCUGCUGCAGGCCCGGCGCCCGCUCGGGGAGCCGGCCGCGCGCUGGGUGCGCUGGGAGCCCCCCGGCGUCGCCGCCCCCUACUCCUCAGAGGCCAGCGCCCUGCUGGAGCAGGCCUGGCGCCAGCGCCGGACGCGGCUGGAGGUGCUCUUUGACGGCAGGCCCUUCGCCAUCGACUUUGAGCGCAUGGAGGAGUACGACAUCGGCAGUGCCCGCACCCUGGCCAUCUCGCGCACCGAGCCCCCGGCCCCGGAGAACGGCCGCCCCACAGCCACGGAAGAGAAGGGCCCCGCGCUGGACCUGGACGAGGCGGUGAAGCUGGUGCCGCUGGGCCAGGGCUCGGAGGAGUUCCGCGACACCGUGCGUCGGUUCUACGACACGCUGGAGGACUUCCACAACAAGAUUCGCAUUGUGAAGGUGGAGAAGCUGAUCCACCCGCUGCUGUACAAGCAGUACCAGCUGAAGAAGGCCUGCAUGGAGAAGGCGUGCGGCCACGAGGCCGUGGAGCGCCUCCUCUUCCACGGCACCACGGAGGAAGCCAGCCAGGAGAUCUGCCAGCACGGCUUCAACCGCAGCUUCUGCGGCAAGAACGCCACGCUCUACGGGCACGGGGUGUACUUCGCGGUGAAUGCCGUGUUGUCGGUGCAGGAGCAGUACUCUCCACGCAGCGCCGACGGCAACAAGUACGUCUUCGUGGCCAUGACCCUGACUGGGGACUACACGGCGGGCAGCCAGGACAUGCGGGCGCCACCCCUCAAGGAGGCAGCCGAGGCCCCGCUGCGCUAUGACAGCGUGGUCGACAACCCCAAGAAGCCGGCCAUCUUCGUCAUCUUCAAUGACACGCAGGCCUAUCCGCAGUACCUCAUCACCUGCCAGCUCUCCAAGCCUCCGGCGCCCCACUGAGCCGCUGGGCGCAGGCCGGGCUGGGACCCAGCCCUCUGCGGGGGUUACCCUGCUCCAGCUCGCACCCUGCCUUCAUGCCCCUCUCCGCUGCUCUGUGCCUGCGGCUCCCCUGCCCUGGGCCUUCCCUGUACCAGCCUGGCUGGGAGUGGAGAAGGGGCCUGGUUCUGGGCUCCUUGGCCGAGCUGUGCCCUGUGGAGAGGCCAGGGAUCAUCCCCUGCCCCGUGAGCAACUCUGGAGCUGCAUGGCCUUGGCAGUCCACCAGGGAGCUGGGCUGCUCUGGGUCCCCAGGCUCCGUUGCAUGGCAGGGCCCCCUCAAACUGGAGCUAAGGGGCACCCCAUUCCCAGCCUCUCGGACAUUGCCCGCCGUAUGGCGCCCAAGGGCUGGUGCCACGGCUCUGUCGGGGGGGCGGGACCAGGGGCGUGAACCUCACAAGUCAUGGAGAGCACUGGAACCCAGACAUGGAAUAAAGACGGCAACCUGAGCCUCUCCCUCUGCGUCCCUGGGCUCCAGGUGGCUGGGGGGGGUCCCUCCUUGGAGCAACUGUAAGGCUGGCUCUGUGUGCUGUGUGGCUCCCCUACUUGGGGAUAAGAGCCUACUGCUACCACUGCCUGGAGUCGCACUGAGGGUGAGGCUGUGCGGGGGCAGUGCCAUGGCUGACCGCCCGUAACUGAUCUGGAAAAAGGGGUAAAUAGGUGCCAAAAUUUGCAGAAGACACAAUUACUCACACUAGUUAAGUCCUAAGCAGACUGAAGAGUUACAAGGGAAUCUCACAAAACUGGGUGACUAGGCAACCAAAUGGCAGAUGAAAUUCAAUGGUGAUAAAUGCCAAGUAAUGCACAUGGGAAAACAUAUAAUCCUACCUCUACAUGUACAAUGAUGGGGUCUAAAUUAGCUGUUCCCACUCAAGAAAGAGAUCUUGGAGUCAGUGUGGAGAGUUCUCUGAAAACAUUCACUCAAUGAGCAGCGACAGUCAAGAAAGUGAACAGAAAGUUGGGAAUCGUGAAGAAAGGGAUAGAUGAUAAAACAGAGAACAUACUGCUUUUAUAUAAAAUCCAUGGUAUGCCCACAUAUCAUGACUACUGCAUGCAGAUUAACCAUUUAACCUUUUACAUCCCUAACUAGUAAGCCUUAGUCUUACCGUUAACUGGAUGUUAACCCUGGUGGCCAGCCAGGCCUCUGGCCCUGGCCUGCUGGAGUCACUUUGGUUAAAAGAUAUAAUUUUAUUUGUUUAACCGGUUAACUUUUUAGACCAAUAUUUACAUCCCUAGUGCAGAUGUGGUCACCCCAUCUCAAAAAAGAUAUAUUGGAAUUGGAAAAGGACAACAAUGAUUCGGGGUCUGGAACAGCUUCCAUCUGAGGAGAGAUUAAGUAGACUGGGACUUUUCCCCUUGGAAAAGAGACAACUGAGGGGGGAUAUGAUAGAGGUCUAUAAAAUCAUGAGUGGUGCGGAGAAAGUGAAUCAGGAAGUGUUCUUUACUCCUUCUCAUACCACAAGAACUAGGGGUCACCAAAUGAAAUUAACAGGCAGCAGGUUUAAAAGAAACCAAAGGAAGUAUUUCUUCACACAAUGCACGGUCAAAGGAUGUUGCGAAGGCCAAGACCAGGGCCCCAUGCAGCCCCCAUGGGCUCACUGUGCGGCCUGCGGGGGGCGUAGGCAAGCGGCGGGGUGGGGCAAGCCAACGGCCGGCAGGCGGGCAGGGUGGUGAAGAUGCCGGUGGCUGGGGGGCGGGGGGCUGAGGAGGCAAGCGGCGAGUCGGUGGCUGGAGGGGGGCAUCCCUUCUCAGUGUUUUACUUUUUGGUACUGUGUUGUACCUAAAGUGCUGUGCAGGAUCUUUUCAGGGGCCAUAAGGCAAAACACUGCAGUUAUUAGUACUGCAUGAAAUAAUCAGCACUGUCAUAUGCAUACGAUCUAUAUCGCACGCACCAGAAACGCGCUCCAUCUCGCUGGUGUUACCAACGAGUUGCUCCCCUUAACUUCACUGGCCAGGUGAGUUAGAUGGGAGAGGGGUGGGGCCGUGCUUCUGCCAAUCCGGAUCAGUGCUCCGAUGUUGACAAGAUGAGAUCCGGGGUCCCCUGCGAGACACCUCAAUCUAUAGCCGCUUCCCUCUCAUGCAAAUCUAUAUCAGAUACAAAAUCUGGGCCUGUGUUCAUUGGUCCUUUGUGCUGCUUUUCUCUGGGCUGGGGGUUGUCCCAAUGCUGCAAAGAGGGUGUUCCCAAAGGAGGGUGCUGGCUUCUAACCCCCACGGCCGUCAGUAUAUCUGCUCUGCUCGAGUCAGCCCACUGGACAAGUGUGAUUGUCCUUGGUCUGGCUCCCAUCACCUCUCCAAGGGUUGCAGCUGCCUGGAGGUGCCUGCCUUCCACGCCUUCCUCAGUGACACCUCAUUCACUCAACAGGGCCAUUGACUACAAAGUGGGGGGAAGGAGGACUUGUGGCACCUUAAAGACUAAACAAUUUAUUUGAGCAUAAGCUUUCGUGAGCUACAGCUCACUGCAUCGGAUGCAUACUGUGGAAAGUACAGAAGAUCUUUUUGUAUACACACAAAGAAAAAAUACCUCCUCCCACCCCACUCUCCUGCUGGUAAUAGCUUAUCUAAAGUGAUCACUCUCCUUACAAUGUGUAUGAUAAUCAAGUUGGGCCAUUUCCAGCACAAAUCCAGGGUUUAACAAGAACGUCUGGGGGGUGGUAGGAAAAAAGAAGGGAAAAUAGGUUACCUUGCAUAAUGACUUAGCCACUCCCAGUCUCUAUUGAAGCCUAAGUUAAUUGUAUCCAAUUUGCAAAUGAAUUCCAAUUCAACAGUUUCUCGCUGGAGUCUGGAUUUGAAGUUUUUCUUUUGUAAUAUAGCAACUUUCAUGCCUGUAAUCGCGUGACCAGAGAGAUUGAAGUGUUCUCCGACUGGUUUAUGAAUGUUAUAAUUCUUGA